AUGAUGGAUUCACCACAUAAGGCAAACCCAUCAAAGGCUAGGCCUCAUGGGAAAGAAAGUGAAGAUUCGGGAUACUGCCUAUCUCACUCUUCUUGGAUGGAUAAUGAUUCUCAAAAUGUGCCCAAGCAAGACUCGAGAGAGCAACCGAAGGCUUCUUCACAUUCCCACCAUCACCAUCGGCAUAGUGGUGAUUCUUCUAUGAGCAACCAUGCAAUAUCGCAACACCCUUUGUCACCACAGUAUAAUGGUCUACGAUCUUCUCUUCCACCGCCAUCUCCAUCUCCACCCCCAAACCCUUUUCCAUAUCAUCACCCUGAACUUCCAUAUCCUAAUUUUGAAGAAGCUACUUCCCAAGAAAAUUCAACCGCUGAAGAGGCUGACGAAAUCGAUCUUGAGCGAAACGACAACGGAGUUGUUCCGACCAUGGCUGUCCAAAUACCUGCAGAAAUGCAGUUUAAUACACGCCAGAUCAAGGUACUCCAGAAAGCGGAACGGCUACCCCCAAUCCGGACAAGCACUCUCAGUGAGCUCGACUUAAACCACAUCAUGAGAAAUAUCAACCUGAGGAUAGAUGUCAACUUCGAUCGUGAGCUCCAUUUCCAACCUAUUGCGGGAGAGAAAGGGCAUGAGAAACGAAAGUUGGCGGAAGCCUAUUGGGAGGCAAUAGCCCUGGAAAUAUCCAUUCAUAGUUAUCAAUCUACCAGCAAAAAACAACAGAGCAGUCCGAGAGGGCACAAACGCGCGACCAGCGACUCGGUAGGGGUUUUUGAGCCAAGAUUGCCGGUAAUGCUUGAGACUUUAAAGGAUGUCGUAAGCAGCCUGGUUCCUGAGCGAGAUCAACAAAGCGUGAUGCAAAAUCUAGAUGUGCCCUUUCUUUUACAACAAGUACAUAAAGGUGUACUGGAUAUGAUCAACCUCACUAAAUGGCUUGCUACCUUAUUGAAAACUCACUGUGCGCCAAUGAGAGAUCCAUGGGCGGAUAAGAUGGUUGCAGAAAUCACCGAAGGGUGUACAACAGGAAACACAUACAAGAUGGUAGAGGGGCUGAGAACCAUGUUCGGAACACUUGAGUCAAUGAAACUGGAUGUUGCAAACCAUCAGAUACGGGCAUUUAGGGUGAUCUUGAUAGAUGACACAGUUCGAUUUUUACAAAGCGACUUGAAGAAAAGAAUAGCGGCAAAUACUAUUGAUAUUCAACAAGCAAGGAGAUGGUAUCUCGAUAUUUGUCACAGACCGCUCUACAAGUCACCAUAUUUACAACACGAGUUGAAGGGAAGCUAUGCACCAAUAGCUCUCCUUUUUAUUGGACUGUUUUCUUACCUUGUGCCUUUUGAACACCCAAAGAGGUUUCAAGACAUCUUUGAGUUUGAGGCCGAUAGACUCUGGUUUAUAAGGGCUGAUAUACAAGAUCUCAUGGGACUUGAGAUAUGUUCUCGGGUGUUUGAACUGGUUGCUAUAGAACAGGGUCGCCAUAGCCCCUACUAUCAGCAGGCGAAAUCCGCAAUCCCAUCCCGCAUAUUCUGCAUCCUUGACGAUUGCCCCAACGGUAUAUCCGCAGACUUUGAUGCUCGUCAUGCCAACCCCAGCUCACCGAACGCGAAUCACAAGUGGCAAAAUAAUAUGAGCUUGAUUGCUUUAGAGAUCGCACAAAGUCUUUGUUCUCUCGACGGUAGCAACAAAGGCAAUACUUUCCCAGACAAAAGGACUCUGGAUAGUGUCGAGAAGUAUCUUGAGUUCUUCUUUACAUCUCCUACCGGUCAAUCCCGCGAAUUCAGCCUUUCAGUACAGCGAGAUCUUGAGGAGGCUACGUUUGGCUAUGUUAAGAAGUAUUUACAGAUGACUCCCCUGGAGAUGUCUGAAGAUCAACGUCCUCGAGAAUACCCUGAUCCUAAAAAUUACACAUUCUCCCAACGCCUACUCUUAGAUGUUGAUGGCAUAGCCAAACGUCUAGCUCAUAUCGGAGUCUUGCACUGGAGAGUCUGGGCCCCUAUAUUAUACCUUCAUGAGGGGCCUGGUGUAUCAUUUGCACCCGGUAGUCACACUAGUGCAAUGUACUCCACGGAGUAA